UUCCGAAAAAGGGCGUCCUCCUCCUCCUCCUCCUCCUCCUCCUCCUCCUCCUCCUCCUCAUGUUUGUCUCUCCGGAGGAAGGGGCGGUCUCAGCGCCGCGGCAGAUCCGGAAUUAGCCCGUGGCCGCUCGGCUCCGCUCGGUCCGUCGCUCGGUCGGUCGGUCGGUUCGGUUCUAGCCGAGACAGAACCCGAAGCUCCGAAGAGCCAGAAAGAAGAAAAAAGAAGAAGGGGAAGGAGAGAAAGACGGAGGGAGGGACGAGCCGAGCGGGGCAGCACAGAGGAAUAACCAGAGAAGAAGAGGGAAAAGUCCGGGCAGAAGGAGGAGAAGAUGCCGCUGGCUCAGCUGGCGGAUCCCUGGCAGAAGAUGCCUGUAGGGGGGACGGCCGGAGAGGAUGCACACCAGGACCCGGAGGACUCGGUGGGCGACGACGACUCCAUGCCCCCCUGCACCGAUGACGUGCCGAUCAAAGAGAUCAGCAUCACCCACCACGUGAAGGAGGGAUCGGAAAAGGCCGACCCGCGACAGUUCGAGCUCCGGAAAGUCCUGGGACAGGGCUCCUUCGGCAAGGUUUUUCUGGUGAGAAAGAUCACCGGACCAGAUGCUGGUCAGCUGUACGCCAUGAAGGUCCUGAAGAAAGCCACGCUGAAAGUCCGCGACCGGGUCAGGACGAAGAUGGAGAGAGACAUCCUGGUGGAGGUCAACCAUCCCUUCAUCGUCAAGCUGCACUACGCGUUUCAGACGGAGGGGAAGCUCUACCUGAUCCUGGACUUCCUCCGAGGAGGAGAUCUCUUCACUCGCCUCUCCAAGGAGGUGAUGUUCACGGAGGAGGACGUGAAGUUCUACCUGGCAGAGCUCGCCUUGGCCCUCGACCAUCUUCACGGCCUCGGCAUCAUUUACAGAGACCUCAAGCCUGAGAACAUCCUUCUCGACGAGGAGGGACACAUCAAGCUGACUGACUUCGGCCUCAGCAAGGAGUCGAUCGACCAUGAGAACAAGGCCUACUCGUUCUGCGGGACGGUGGAGUACAUGGCCCCGGAGGUGGUGAACCGGCGAGGACACACCCACAGCGCCGACUGGUGGUCGUACGGCGUCCUGAUGUUUGAGAUGCUGACGGGAACGCUGCCGUUUCAAGGCAAAGACCGGAAAGAGACGAUGACCAUGAUCCUCAAAGCCAAGCUGGGAAUGCCACAGUUUCUGAGUUCGGAAGCUCAGAGUCUCCUCAGGAACCUUUUCAAACGCAACCCUACCAACAGAUUAGGAGCCGGACCAGAUGGAGUAGAGGAGAUCAAGAGGCAUCACUUCUUCAGCACCAUCGACUGGAAUAAGCUGUACCGCCGUGAGAUCCACCCUCCUUUUAAGCCGGCUGCAGGACGACCUGACGACACUUUCUAUUUCGAUCCCGAGUUCACGGCUAAAACGCCCAGAGACUCGCCGGGGGUCCCUCCGAGUGCCAACGCCCAUCAGCUGUUCAGAGGAUUCAGUUUUGUGGCCAUAACAGAGGAGGAAACACAACCACUACCUAACGCUAUAGUAAAGCAACUUCACAGAAGCACGUCUCAGUUCUCAGAUGCCUACGAGAUCAAAGAGGACAUCGGAGUCGGAUCGUACUCCAUCUGCAAACGCUGCAUACAUAAAGGGACGGGGAUGGAGUACGCAGUUAAAAUCAUCAGUAAGGCCAAGAGAGACCCGACAGAAGAGGUGGAGAUCCUGCUGAGAUAUGGACAGCAUCCCAACAUCAUCACCCUCAAGGAUGUGUACGAUGAUGGCCGGUCGGUGUUCCUGGUGACGGAGCUGAUGAAGGGAGGCGAGCUGCUCGACAAAAUCCUCCGGCAGAAGUUUUUCUCGGAGCGAGAGGCGAGCGCCGUCCUCUACACCAUCACCAAGACCUUGGAGUACCUGCAUGUACAAGGGGUGGUUCACAGAGACCUGAAGCCCAGCAACAUCCUGUACGUGGACGAGAGCGGCAACGCCGAGUCCAUCCGGAUCUGCGACUUCGGUUUCGCCAAACAGCUGCGAGCGGAGAACGGGCUGCUCAUGACGCCGUGCUACACCGCUAACUUCGUCGCCCCCGAGGUGCUGAAGAAGCAGGGCUACGAUGCUGCCUGCGACAUCUGGAGUCUGGGAGUUCUGCUCUACACCAUGCUAACAGGUUUCACUCCUUUCGCUAACGGACCAGAGGACACGCCGGAGGAGAUUCUGGCUCGGAUCGGCAGCGGCAAGUUUUCCCUCAGCGGAGGAUACUGGAACUCCGUCUCUGCUGAAGCAAAGGACCUGGUCUCCAAGAUGCUCCAUGUGGACCCUCACCAGCGUCUGACGGCCGGCCAGGUCCUCCGACACCCCUGGGUGACGCACCGAGACCAGCUGCCCAAAUACACCCUCAACAGACAGGACGCUCCUCACCUGGUUAAGGGGGCGAUGGCGGCCACCUACUCGGCCCUGAACAGGAACGUCCCUCCGGUCCUGGAGCCGGUGGGCUGUUCCACUCUGGCCCAGCGGCGGGGGAUGAAGAAGAUCACCUCCACGGCCCUGUGACCUCCUCUUCCUCUUCCUCUUCCUGUCAACUCUGACCUCGAUCUGACCUCCAGCCGGACCUCCUUCCUCCCCUCGCCGCCGCCUUGGUCCGGCCGGACAGACUACUGAUGGACCUGGGAACCGCUAACACCAAAUAGGAGACCACCCCGCUGCCACUCCCUCCUGCCCCGCCCCCUCCGCCUCCACGGACUCCUCUGAUUGGCCGCCGCCUCGCUGUAGAGUCCGGACUUGAGGCCGCGAUAAAGGAAGUCUGUCCCCCCCUUUUUUUCUGCUUGGGACAAUCAGCGCCGCCUCGGGCUGAGCGGCGUCAGGAAAAUAAAAGCACUGUAUUUAUUGACUCUGGACCGUAACCAUAGGAACAAAGGUAUGCAUCUAAAGGUUGGUCCACCAUUUAAACCUCAAGUAGCCUCCGAGACGACGGCGUCUGCAGACAAGGACAGAAGGUCUGAAACAAGCCUCCCAACGUUUGAAUUAGAAAAACCCAGAGAGCAGAAGGACAAGUUCAGGAGCAGACGUCCAGGAUUUUAUUACUCAAAGAACAAUACAGUUAAAUCAAGAGUUAAAAUCAAACAUCUGGAUAUUUUCUGUUUUCUGUCUGUCAACAAAUCGCAUAAAAAUACUGAAAUCUGCCUCUUGUUAGUGCAUUAAUUCUAUGAGUCAAACAUCUGGAAACAGCUGCAGUUUUUGAGUAUAGUUUUUUAGCAGACUACAGUGAGGUAAAACGGGUCAGUAGUGAAGCAAAAUGGUUCCAUAGUGAGCUAAAAUAAGUCCAUCGUGAGGAAAAAUAAAUCCACAAUGAGGGAAAAAUGGACUACAGUGAUGAAAAAAUGGACUACAGUGAGGAAAAAGAGUCCAUAUUGAGGUAAAAUGGGUCCCAUCUGCAGUUUCUGAUCAGAUUUUUCCAGCAUCAGAUUCUUCCACAUUCUCUGCUGUCGUGAGUUUUUGUCGCAGCUGUUUGUGGUAAUUUUUACUUUUAUUUUAAUUUUACAUUUUUUGAAGCUCUUGCUCAAAAUAAUCCGGGAAAACAGUUAUUCAAAGGAAUUGUUUAGUGUUGUUUAGUUUCUGCUCCUACGAUGUGUUGACAGUCAGAAAACAGCUAAAUAUCUCCUGAUUUACGCUUUAGAUAACAAAUAUGAGCCAUAAUAAGUCAUUUUCUGCCUCAGCCUCAUUUAAAGCUGCACAAGUUGACCUCUGCUGCCUCCUGGUGGCCGAAUCAAGACGACAUCCUGACAGUCUGCAACUCUGAUUUAAAACUCUUUGCUGCUCUUUUAUUAAACAAUUAUCAGGAUUUUAUUUUCUAAUCUGUUAGUUUAAAUGCUUCAUGUGAUGAAGUAAAGCAGCGAUGCUCUGUUCUCCUGCUAAUAUCAAAUGAUUUCACUCCUACAAGCAGCUGAAUGUAGAUAUUUCAGCUCUACUGUUGAGCUGAAAAUGUAAAAUUUCUAAAUAUUCUACUUUAAAAAAUCUGAAUUUGAGGGAAUUCAAGAUGUUUUCUUAAAUUUUGGACAAUUUGAACCCCUGAAACACUCUAAAACAAACUCAAAAUGAAACGUUUUUUGAACUAAAUUUAAAUUUUGUGGAAUUGGCAGCUCAAAAUUAUAAAAUAUUUAAUUUUAUAUCACAACAGACAAUAAAAUAUUCACAUUUUUAGAGAAUAUUUGUCAUUUUUGCAUCAAAUUCACAUUAAAAUUGUAAAUAUUUAUAGUUGAAAAGAGCAUAUUUGCUUUAAAAUCAACUUAAAAAUGGUAAAUAUUCACAUUUUAAGUGAGAAUAUUUGUUGUUUCUGCCUAAAAUCAAGCUAAAAAGAGGUAAAUAUUCACACUUAUGCCAAAAUAUUUGUCAUUUUUGCCAAGAAACAACCUAAAAAUGGUGAAUAUUCACAUUUUUUUAACGGAAAAUUUACCAUUUCUGCCCAUAAAAAGCAUAAAAAAUGAUAAAUAUUUACAUUUUAAUGGAAAAAAGCAACUUAAAAAUAGUAAAUAUUUACGUUCUAAAUGAGAAUAUUUGUAGUUUCUGCCUAAAAACAAUAUUUACAACAGUGAAUAUUCACAUUUAUAUCAGAAUAUUUGUCAGUUAUGCUUUAAAACAGCAUAAAAAUGGACAAUAUUUACAUUUUGAAAGGGAGUAUUUGUCUUUUUGCUUUUUUUUGCUCAAAAACAAUGCAAAAAUAGUAAAUAUUCACAUUUGAAAAGAGGAUAUUUGUCAUUUUGGCCAAUAAACAAUCUGAAAAUGGUAAAUAUUCACACUUUAAAAGAGAUUAUUUACUUAAAAAUAACACUUAAAUUGGUAAAUAUUCACAUUUAUAGCAAAAUAUUUGUUAUUUUUGCUGAUAAACUGCAUAAAAAUGGUAAAUAUUUACAUUUACAGUGAGAAGAUUUGCUUUAAAACAGCAUAAAAAUGAAAAGUAUUCACAUUUUAAAAGUGAGUAUUUGCUUAAAAACAAUGUAAAAAAAUGGUACAUAUUCACAUCUGAAAAGAGAAUAUUUGUUAUUUCUGUCCAUAAAUAACCUGAAAAUGAUAAAUAUGCACACUUUAAAAGAGAUUAUUUGCUUUAAAGCAACUCUAGAAAUGGUAAAUAUUCACAUUGGUGUUAGAAAAUGUGUCAUUUUGCUUCAAAACAGCAUAAAAUGAUCAAUAUUCAUAUUUUAAAAGAGAAUAUUUGUCUUUUUUUUUGCUUGUGAACAACUCAAAAAAUUAUGAUUUUUUUUACAAUGAGAAUAUUUGCUUUAAAAUGACUCAAAAUUGGUAAAUAUUCACAUUUCAGAGUUAUUUUUUGGCUUUUUAAAUGUCUUUUUUCAGUAAGUUUAAUGUCAGAUAAAGUUUCUUUUGUCACAGCUCUAAUAAAUCAUCAGAAUUCAGAGAUCGAAGGUUCAGAAUGAAGCGGUUUUUUAAAGUUUUACAGAAAUCUUGUGCAGCUUUAAGAAAAUCGAGGCUCUAAAAGCAGCUUUAGCUCCACUUUCUUUAGUUGUUUCCUCCAUAAUAUGAGGACGCCAUUUUUAUCUAGAAAUAAGGUUGAAAUAAUAAUUUAAAAAAAGGCAUUUGAGCCUUCGGCUUCGUCAACAAUCACUGGAUCGUCCUCUGACCUUCUGUAGGAGCCGACUGAUGGCAGAAAUGUAAAUAUACGAAACACGCUGAGCAACUCAGGUUUCUACGAAUCAAGGCGAUGCAUUUUCUUUUUUUAAAGUCAAGGAGGGAACGAGAUGGAAACAACAAGCACACAAACAAACGGAGGCGACGGAAAGAGAAAUACGGAUCUGUUUCGUCUUUACGGGCUUUUAUUUUGAAAUUUAAUCUUACAUUUACCACCUUUUUUCUCAAACGGACGUCUGGUUUUGGGAUCAAACUGCGACGUGUAGGAACUUCUGUCUGCAAACCCUUUAAAAAAGCGUGACUCGAACAACAUUCCAGCCUGAAAACCAGCUUCAGCAGCGAGUUGGAGGAAAAUAAAGGUUUAGUUCACACAAAAUUAACCUAAAAACGCCACAGGAGAUAAUCAGACUCAGACGAUGGAGGUUUUGAACAUCAGCAGCCCUAAAUAGUUUUUUUCCUGCACAUGUUUAUGCAGUAACGACCAGAACAAUCCGUUUUCAGCCUCUCAGAUGUAAAGAUUCUCAGCUUUUUUUUUUUUUUUGCUUCAUAUCACGUUAAAGGGAAGAUUUUUGGAGUUCGGGCUGCUGGUGGAAUAAAAUAAUCAUUCAUCUGGAGAAUAAUUAACAUUCGCAGCUCCGACACUGAUUUCAGUCAGCUGGACCUCCAUCAUGACUGAUCCAUCUGAAGCUGCUCUGGUAGAUCUUCAGUGAAGUGAAUCUGAGCUAUUAGAGUCUCUGCUGCAAAAAUAUUAGAAAUCAAAUAAACGUGACGAGUCCUGAAGUGUGUCACAGAGAGAAAACAAACUGUGGAAGCUGAUUUCUGCCAGUUAAAGAAGAAAUAAAGAAGAAAAGUUCGUUUUUCAUCAUUAAAAAGUGAUAGAGUCUAAAUUAUGAGAUAAAAAGUCUAAAUUUUGGGAUAAAAAAUUGUAAUUAUGAGAUGAAAAGUCACAAAUAGAUGAAAAGUCAAAAUUAUGAGAUAAAAAAUAGUCAAAAUUUUUUCAAUAAAAUGUCAGAACUGAGAUAAAAAAGUGAAAUUUAUGAGAUGAAAAAACAAAAUUUAAAAAUAAAGUUAAACAUUUGAGAUUAAAAAAAGUCAAAACUGAGACAAAAUAUAAAAAUUAUGAGAUGAAAAGUCAAAUAUGAGUUAAAAAGUAAAAUAAAAGUUGUCUUUUGAGAUAAAAUUUCAAUAAAAUGUCAAACUUAUCAGAUAAAAAGUAUUUUUUUUGAAAAACAAAACAAACGUUUGACAUAAAAAGUGAAAUAAAGAUGAAUAUAUAGAUAUAGAUAUUUCUAUAAUAGAGAUAAAUGUCAUGAGAUUGAAGGAUUGUUCAACUUUUUACGUGAAAAUUUCGACUUUUUAUCUCAUAUUUUUGGACUUUUUAAAAUAAAAUGAUUUUAUUUGAUCAUUUUCACUCUUUGAUGAAUAUUUCUGAAAUCUUUUCUUCAUAUUUGAUCUUUUUCUGGCGGAUCUGAGUUCCCACAGAAGUAGAAAAAUAAACUAAAUCAAACGUCCGUCUUCGCGUCCGUCUGUCCUGAAGCUCCUUCAAAAUAAAAGCCUGGUGGACUGAACUUCCUGUGCGGUCGUCUCCAUUUUAAAGGGAUAAAUGCAGGUUUUCUUUAUGUUUUCUAUCUAAUUAUUGAUCAUGAAGUGUUGAUCUCGUCUCCGUGUACAGCUCUGGGAAAAACACGUAAAGAAAAUGAUUUUUUUUCUGUAAUUCUGAAAAUCUUUUUUCUUUUCUUUCUUCACCUCUUCCUCUUCCUCUUCUGUCGGAGAUGCUGCUGCUACGCCGACUCUCUGUUUUUGUACCUGCAGAGUUGGACUUUCUAUUAAAAACAAUACAAUUAAUAAUCAGCA